AUGGAAGUAGAUAAAGAUAGGCAACCACCUUUUGCUAAAGAAAUUGAAAAUAAAAUGGAUGAAAUUAAGGAAAAUCUUAAGCAUGUCGAAACUAAAGAAACAGUCAUGUUACCAACUCGGGCAGACAUCGAAGUAGAAAAUCAAGAAAAAAAUAAGUUCCUAAUUCAGGCAGAUAUUGAAAAUAAAAUGGAUGAAAUUAAGGAAAAUCUUAAGCAUGUCGAAACUAAAGAAAAAAUUAUGUUACCAACUCAGGCAGGUAUUCCUGUUAUUACUUCUAUGUCAAUUACCGAUCAUAAGAGUGAAUCAUCUUAUCGGAUUUAUACGAAGCCAAGUGAACAACAAAAAAAAAAUACAUUGUCAUCUCUAAUUAAUGUUGUAAACCUUUCUGAAGCUCAAGAUUUACAUAAUGACUAUGAUCACGAAUAUGAUGAUACUACUAUCAACGAUCACAAUACUAUUAACGACCAUGAUAUUAUUAAUGAUCACAAUACUAUCAAUAACUACGAUUCUAUCAAUGACUACGAUUCUAUCAAUAACUACGAUUCUAUCAAUGAACACAAUUACCAUGAUAUUAACGAUCAUAAUACUAUUGAAAUCACUAGUGGCUAUAAUACUACUGAAAAAAUCGAAAUUCAGUCUCGAUCAACCUUUAAAGAGUUUCGAUCACCUUUAAAAGACAGAACGAAGCUGAAAAACUUACCAUUACAUAUAAAUGUGACCAAAAAAAAUCCUACAUUAGGUGGAAAAAGAUUUCUACGACGACAUGCAAAAUUGAGUUCAAAAAAUAAUGCUACCGCUACGAUUAUUAAUAAUUACUAUAUAAUUGCAGAUCAUGUUGCUGAUCAUAGUAAAGCAUUGGAUAAUAUAUAUUAUUCAAUAGCAACAAUACAUAAUAAACUUGUGAAUAAUUAUCAUUUGGAAAUUGGGUUAUAUCUUGUAGUAUCAGAUGCAUUAUAUGAUACCAUUAAUAUAAUACAUAAUACUGAUAUAUCUGUUUGUUAUAAAACAGUUGAUAAUUAUAGAAAAAAAAUAUAUAGUGAAUUAGAAGAUGAAGAUAUGUAG